CCGCCGUGCCAGGGGCUCCGCUCGCCCGGGGCUCCCCGCCCGCCGCCGCUCCGCGCUCGGGGACGCCCGCCCGCCGCCAUGAAGCUCGUCAGGUUUCUAAUGAAGCUGAGCCAUGAGACUGUGACCAUUGAGCUGAAGAAUGGGACGCAGGUGCAUGGAACGAUCACAGGAGUGGAUGUGAGUAUGAACACACACCUGAAAGCAGUGAAAAUGACUCUGAAAAACAGAGAGCCCGUACAGCUGGAGACCCUGAGUAUCCGGGGAAACAACAUCCGCUACUUCAUUCUGCCUGACAGUUUGCCUCUGGAUACUUUGCUAGUGGAUGUUGAGCCAAAAGUCAAAUCCAAGAAAAGAGAAGCAGUUGCUGGAAGAGGCCGUGGAAGAGGCCGUGGCAGAGGCCGAGGUCGUGGAAGAGGAAGAGGAGGCCCAAGACGAUAACUUCUCAUCAUAUUUUGGGCAAUUUCUGGGCAAUUACCAUAUUCUAGGCAAUUUCAGGUUUAUUUUGUACAGGUCUUGUUUAUGGUAUCCAUUUUUAAUAAACGGAAAUGUGAAAA